CAAAACACCACACAAUAACGUCUUACCACAGAGUCAAAUAAUCAAUACCGACACCAAUAAUCGGGAAUAAGAAUCUAAAACUAUUUGAUCAGGUAGCGUUACAAGUAAGAAGACCACCUUAAUGCUUCAAAGGAACAUAGCCUUCUGUGCUGAAAUUUCAGUAGUUUUGUGAGCGGACACUGGAUUUAUAAUCUCUUGACCAGUCCAAUGACACUACAACGGCAGCGAUAUGAGUGAGUUGGACAGGUCGGACACGUACACCAAGCUAAACGACGAGAGCCCAAACACAGGUCUUUUAAACACCUGAUGACGACGACAAAUUGCAAAGUUUGUCCUAUAGUUCCAGAAAAAGAAGCUUUCACGGACUUUGAAGAUCCAGAUGAGGGACAGGGCCGUUCCACCAAAGCAUACAGUGGGCUGUGUGGCGGGCUGUGCUGUGUGCCAGGUUGUGUGUACGGAGCGAUAGGCGUGCUCUAUGUGUGCGUCAUUUUGCCAUUGGGCCUAUUGUUGGCACUUUACGGAAGCGGGGACUCCAGCCUCCUUGCCACUGGGAUCCUCUUGACGAUACUGCCACCUAUCACGAUCCCUGGAGCUUUAUAUAUCUGCCACAGAUGUAGAAAAAAUCACCACAAAAGAAAAAGUGAGAGAUAUGUACCAAAGCCUCCUGAGAUGUGAGACAAAACCUCGACAAAAACGUUGAAGCAUUUAUUUAUGUCCGCGGCAAAUCAUGCACUUAGGUUCUUUGGAUUGAUUUAUUCAAAGCAAAUAUCAUUUUCAAACGUCCAUUUACGACAGAACUAUAACAUUUCAUCAUCUCACCUAGUAGGAGCAUUUCAAUUUUUUACUCUGGGACGCAGGCAAUAUGAAAUGGACAACAUCUUUUAGAUUCAUUAAAGAAAGUAUGAAAGUGCACAGACGGAUUCAU